GCGCCUGAAAGUCAGCGGUUUUUCCAACGACUCUACAUAGAUUUUCUUGGGCCCUAUCCACGAUCGCGAAGCGGACAUAUUGGAAUAUUUAUUGUUCUUGACCAUUUUUCCAAAUAUGUUUUUCUGAAACCCGUUAAGAAAAUAAACGCAGCACUUGUCAUAAAAUAUCUAGAGAACGAAUUAUUUAUGACUUUUGGAGUUCCGGAGACAAUUGUUUCCGAUAAUGGAUCCCAGUUUCGCUCAGAAGCCUUUCAAAAGCUGUUGCGUCAGUACGAAGUAAAUCACGUGCUGACCGCAGUUCACUCGCCUCAAGCAAACGCCUCAGAACGAGUAAAUAGGUCGGUUCUAUCUGGAAUUAGAGCUUACUUGCGCCCUGAUCAGAAAGAUUGGGACGAAGUGUUGUGCAAAAUCAGCUGUGCAUUAAGGUCCUCUAUUCACUCUAGUAUAGGAACCUCGCCCUAUUACAUGGCGUUUGGACAGCAUAUGAUCACGUCUGGGUCAACUUACGGAUUGCUAAGGAAGCUAAAUUUGCUGGAUGAUCGCUCUUUAGCGUUUAAUCGGCAGGACUCUUUUGAUAUAAUUCGCGGUGAAGCCUCUAAACUCAUGCGGUCCAAACACGAGCAAAACGAACGGAAGUAUAAUCUUCGAUCUAGAGAAGUUUCUUUACUACCGGGACAAGAAGUGUACAGAAGGAACUUUAAGCAAAGUUGUUUUCAAACCGGGUAUAACGCCAAGUUUGGGCCCGCCUUCGUCAAAGCACGAGUGAGGAGAAAGAUAGGCAACUCGUAUUAUGAAUUAGAGGAUCUGCAGGGCCGGUUGUUGGGAAAUUAUCAUGCUAAGGACAUACGGCAGUAAGUUUGCUUCAGGCGGAGUCAGUCUAGGGUACCAUUACAAUACCCUAGCCUGAUUCUAGCGGGGGGGUUUUGUAACGGCGCCUGAAGCAGAUAUAAUUUAAAUGCGUCCUAAAAGUAUGCAAGUUAAAUUUCAACUAAGGCCGCAGCUUUAAGUGCAUCAGCUGCGCUGUAAAGCCGAGCUUUAAGUAGUGCAUCAGCUGCACUGAAAAGCUCACCUUUGACGUUUAGCGAGUUGCACUGGAAAGCUCAGCUUUGACGUAUGAGUCACCACGCGCAUGCGCAGCUAACUUAAGCUGAGCCGGUUCCGGUCAAAUCACUUUUCUGGUGACCGGCAGCACGAAUAGACGCCUAGUGGAAAUUGUGUAGACAAAUUUUUUUUAGUGCGUCAAGACUUGGUAAGAACUGUGAAAGAUUCUGGUAGGCGUAUUGGUCUUAUUAUUGUUGCUUUCGCAGGUCGUUGUCGUUUUCUUGGCUUUUUGAUUCGGCUCUUUUGAGCGCAACCGUGCCUCCCUCAGCAAUACUGAGCCACCUUUGCCGCCGCAUAGCGGCCAGCGGAGCGCCCUUAGCGCCACCUUUGCGCGCAUAGCGGCCAGCGGAGCGCCUUAGCGCCACCUUUGCACGCAUAGUGGCCAGCGGAGUGCCAGUGCGCGUCUUCUUGGCUACCGCGUCAGCGGCCAGCGGAGCGCCACUGAGCGCCAUCUUGGCUGCCGCACUAGCGGCCAGCAAAACACCAGCGAGCGCAUCUUUCUCGAGCCGCCAGCGCAGCA